CGGGAAAACAACUCGCUUAAAACUUACUCUGAGAAUUUUUCUUUUCUGAUUGUUCUCAUAGCAAGUGUAAUAGAUUUAAGGAUGUACAAUUAAGGCCUUCUUUGAAUUGGAUUGCCUAGUUGUGUGUUGUGUGUUCGUCUCUCAAAGAAUAUCAAAAAAUCAAAACAGCAACCUUUGCCUAACAUUUUCAGCUACACUUGCCAUCGUGGCUACCAAUUUUACCCCUCCAAUCAAUCCACCAUGACUUCAACUUGUCAAGAAAACGGAGAAUGGACCCAGGUGGAACAAUGCUUAAUAUCUCAUUGCAUUGGAUCACCACCAUCCCAGAUUGGCAGCAAUUUUGAAAUCUAUUAUGAAAAUAACAUAUUCACCCUCGGACAAGAUCCUCCCGUGGGUGCUCAUCUCGAGUACAGAUGCCCAUCGCAACACUUCUUCGAGAGUAAUCAAAGUCUAACGAGUUUUGAGGUUUUAUGUGGAUCCGAUGGACAAUUCGUUGACCCCGUGGAUUGGCCCGUGUGCAUUGAUUUGGUCAAUUGCCAGAAAUCCGAUCUUCCCACCACCAAGUUUGUUUUUGAACCAGAACAUGAUUCGGAGUACAGCCCAGGAGAUAUUGUUAGGAUGGAGUGCCCUUCACCUAGUUUGGAAUUGGCUGAGGUGUCGAAUUCGAGUAUUUACGACAGCUUCCAAGUUGAAUGCCUGGCUAAUGGCUCGUGGAAUGUAACAAACUUCGAUAACCUCACAUGCCUUCGAAUCGGCUGUGAUCUGCCCUCAACUCCUUCAGGUUUUAUGAGACCGGUUAUCUUCGGUGUUACAAUUUCUCCGACUUUUGUACGUUUUGGCCAAAGUGUUAGCUUUAGAUGUCAACCUCAUCAGAGAUUUGAGGAUGAUUACGAUAACAGUCGAUUUGAUGCGAUUUGUCGAAACGAUGGAGUUAAUGGAACCGUCGAAAUGCCGAGUCCGUUGCCACGUUGUGUCGAUUAUACGAGAUGUUUGAUCAACGGAUGGGAUCCAUUGGUGCAAUUGAGAAAAGUGAAAGAAAUUGCGAGGAAGGCCGACAAAUCUCAAUGGACUGCAAAGGGAAGUUCUGUAUAUCAAAACAGAUUUCCCCUUUCAAAUGCCUUUGAUAGCGAUUUCGAUUCUCUCUAUCAUAGUCGAGAUGGCUUAUUCUAUGGGUGGUUGGAACUAGAUUUGCAUACAACUUUGAAGGUCUACAUGAUUUCGAUUGCCAAACGAUUUUUAGCUUGCUGCGAAAGAUACGAAGGCAUUGAAACUCGCGUUGGACCCAACCAAAUAUCAUUACCUGCUGACGAGCAAUCGAGCCAACCUAUAAGUAUAAACCAAGUGUGUACUCGCAUCGACGACUAUUCCGACGAGGGAUAUUUGGUCGACUUCAAAUGUGAUACCCCUAUCGAAGGACGUUAUGUGACCGUUCAGAGGAUGGGCAAAGAAUACCUACAAUUGAAUAAUAUCGAGAUUUAUCACAUUAUAGAACAUGGCAAUGAUGAAGAGACAGAAAUAGUGGCCCCUUUAGCACGAGAUUGUCAAGCGUUAUAUCUACUUGGUUUCAAGAUACCUGGCAUCUACCGUAUUGAUCCAACCGGGUCCCAAUCUUCAGAUUCGGCAGUCCAAGUUCACUGCCAAAAUGGAUGGACUCUGGUGUUAAAAAGAGAUUUUCAAGGGAGUGCUCAGAUCGAUUUUGGCACCAAAAAUUUGGCGGAUUUGGAAGCCCCUCUGGGCGAUCCAACCGACGACUUUUGGAUCGGACUACAAGCCUUGCACAAACUAACGACCUCCAAUCAUUAUGAGCUUGAAGUUAUCAUGACCGGCCAACAAGGGGAAUCUGGUUUGGCUCAAUAUGGCCACUUGACAAUCGAUAAUGGACCCGAAUACACGAUAAAAGUUGAAAACUUUUCCACAUCCUCUAGACUAGCAGUGGAGGAUGAUUUAAGUUGGGCCUCGGAGAGCAACUUUCUCAUAUCCGGGCGAUGUUUUGAGGAAUCGGGCGCGCCGGGUUGGUACAAAUCAAGUGAAGUGAUAUGCACAAAGGCUCAACUUUUCGGGACAAAAAUGUAUUGGACAAGCUUUGGCCACUUGUCAGCAAUCACCUUGAGAAUAAAACCGGCUCGGAGACCUCAUUGUUCAACUCCCAAUGGGGAAUGCCAGUUUCCUUGGGUGUACUCUAGGAAUGGCCUAACGUACUUGGAAUGCGACUUCGCCUAUGAUUCCACAGCUUGGUGUGGCACACAAUUGAAUGCAGAAGGAGUUUACAUUUCUGGAUCUGGUCAAUGGGCCCGUUGCCACACUUCGUGUCCUGGAGCUGUAGCAGGCGAUUAUGAACUCAUUAACCCAGGCGGUUUCUCUGUUAAUGGGUUUCCUCAAUCAUUCGAAACGUUUCAACUCGAGUGUCCUAAAGGUCAAGUUUUGAUGAUCAAUGGUGAUCCUCGAGACGAUUAUGAAACCACUUGUAACUGGAACAAGUCUUGGACGGAGGACGUGACGGUGAAAUGUGAAUUGAAUGGUUGUAACAUGCCACCAGUUGCUCCACAGGAGACUCAUUUGACCCUUCAUAAUUGGAAUGGAGAACCAAUCCCUCUUGGACAUUACUGGGAAUUUGUGUGUCCAGAUGGGUUGCAGCCCCCUGAUGAGCCAGAAUAUACUUUGGAGCUCAAAGUGGUUAUUCAAGUUCAAUGCGACGCCAAUAAUUCUUUUGUGGAGCCUACUACUUGGCCCAUAUGUGUCUCCAGUAAACAAUGUCCUUCUCGAGAAGGUCCUCCUUCGUCUCCCAUAAACGGAUCAGCCAUUCUCUCCAAUCGAGGCACCACUUUUGGUCCAUGUAUAGACCAGUUUUCUGACACCUUCCAAUGCAAGGGCGAAGUCGGGAUUCGAACCGAGAGUCGAUCAAUGGAUUGUCCCGCAGGUCUGUGCUCAAAAUAUAGUAUUAUUUUGAACCCUUCGCAACCAAUCCAGAAUCAAUACGUCAGAAUCCAGUUCUCAUCCGAUGUAAAUUUGGUUGGCAUUGACACCGGCCAUGAAGCGUCUCAAGUCAAUCAUAAGGAGAUCUUUAUAUCUGGCACAAAUUUGAACGCCUUUCCUGGAAGCACGACAAGCUUCUCUUUCGAGGUGUCCCAUGAAGCUACGCCUCAAAGAACACUGCCUUGCGUGUACGACAUCCAAUGUUCCAAUACCAUCGAGAGCUGGUGGGAAAUACCUUCCACAUCAAACGGAACCCUCGAUCCGACCAGUCAGACCUUUGAAUAUGGUAGUACGAUCACUUAUAAAUGCGCCCCGGGAUUACAAUUUGUCGACGAGAAUGAGAACCCUAUUUUCGCCGAACAGAACUUCACGUGUGGCUUUGACGAGGCCUGGUUCCCAUCGAGCCCUUUGAAGCGUUGCGAAUGGUCACAUUGCGCGUCACUCCCCAAUGCAUCGGGAUUGGUCCCACUAUUUUGGAACGAUAGUAGUCUCACUCCCAUUGGAAACAAUUUGACAAUGAUCUGUGACAGAGGAAUGAAGUUUGAAGGAAAUUUGAGCCAAACAGAGGUUGCAGCCACAUGUUUGACACAGGACCAAUGGCAGGAACCUGCAAGUGGCUGGGGAAAGUGCGUUGAAACCGUGUUCUGUGAUCCACCUCCGCCGUCAAUCGUGGAUGGAUCAAUUGAUAUGCUGAAGAGCGGCCUUUCAUUUGGCACUUCGUGCCUCGGAUCCCAAGAAAGGGAACCAAUCCCGAGUACUGAUUGUCCAGAUUUACAAUCGCAGGUCGUUGAGAAGAGUGACAACUCAACCACCAUUCGCUUGUUAGUGAAGCCCACGGAAUCGAUCCAUUUGGCGAUGUUGAUGAUGUUUUCGCAGCCUUUUGCCAAUGCUCAAGUAGAUUCUUCCAGAGUGACUGUGUUGCCAAGUGGAAUGGAAACAGUGAUUUUGGCCUCAAUGGAGCUUCUCGGCUCUUAUUCCCAACUCAACGUUCGAAUCACGCAUGAUCCCUUAAAUGAACCUUGUUUACUCCAAGCUAUGUGUGCGAGUUGUUUAUCGAAUGAAGAUUGCUUGGAUCAAGGUGGAGGCUUAGUCAAAAACCUGGACCUUUCCGUCAAUUUGACCCAAUAUGGAACCACUUUAGCGUAUUCGUGCCCGCCAGGACAACGAUUUGUUGACAAUAGCUCUUCUCAAAUAUUGUCUUGUGGUUGGAACAGACAAUGGGAGCCCUCUAAUCAACUCUUGGGCUGUGAGGCUGUUGCUUGUGUUAACCCUCCCUUGGCUCCGAAUGGAACCCGACUUUUGAACAAUUACACCAUCAACGACGAGGUGGCUUUUAAUGACCAUGUUCCGUACUACUGCCAAGAUGGCUAUUUCUUUGAGCAAGACUACAAUCUCGAAUUUUUCAACCUCACUUGCCAUCCUGGCGGCAAUUGGUCUGAACCUGUGGUCUGGCCCAAAUGUUUGCACCCACGAGAGAAGUUCUGCCAUGAUCCACCCGCGCCACCAACAAAUGGCGGUAUAUACGAUUGGAACGAGAAGCUAUUUGCCAAUGGUACAUCCCCAUUCAGCCUUGAGGUCAGUUAUUCAUGUGACAUUGCCAGAAAACUGGCAAACCAAAGUCAACUGGAAUCUGGACAAGAUCCGCUCUACGACGAGGCUGUUUUGAAAUGUGCCUGGAACGGGAAAUGGUCCCCGUCUGAAAGACUGGAUCCGUGUGUGUGGACCAAGUGCAUCAAUCCCCCCACCCCCAGUGGGCACAAUCUGAAGCACACUUGGCAUGGCCAGCCACUAGAGUUUUACGAGAAUGUCACGUACAAGUGUGUCUAUGACGGCUAUUGGUUUGAAGGCGAUCGCAACCUCGUGGCCUUUGAUGUGCCAUGUCUACCCGGAGGAGAGUUCGGAGUCCCGGCCCAAUGGCCUGUGUGUCUUCGAACUGUUGAAUGUGGAAAUCCGCCUCCAAAGCCUAGAGGAGGUAUCAUGAAGUGGGAUGGACUGAAACGAGAAUAUGGAACAACCAUUGAAUAUGAAUGCGGACCGAAUGCCAUGUUCCAGGAAGUUCUUGAUGAUGGAUCGAGCGACAAUUUCUAUAAAAGCAAAUCCAUAACAUGCAGCUGGAACCGCACUUGGACGCCUGAGCGGUUGGAUCGAUGCAUUUGGACCAAAUGCAGCGCUAUUCCCGAGCCCGAUCCUUCCACUGGCCUCCAAUUCAUUCCCAACGACGUUACCAAAAACCUUCAAAUCUUGACCAAUUACUCGAAAUAUAGCCCGGAGAUUCCCAUGACCUUGGCCGUGAGCUUAGACUUUCGCGGUGGUUCGUCCCUCUUAUUCGAUGGUUAUCUGCAUGAUUCAAUUCAAGAAAAUCCACGAUUGAUCCUUACAAACGAGGCGGGCACAAAAUUCUUGGACAUCACCAUCGACCCGUUAUAUUCCGUUAUGAAGCUAACGAGCGAUCUCAGGCCAAACUUUGAGCGGGAGGAAACAUUACUAAUUGAUGUGGGGGAUCCAUUUCGAUUGGAAAUAGACUACCGUCCUGGGAAGUUCGAGUUUCAAUUCAUUUUCAAUGAUGAGAGGUUGCCCAGCUUCAAAGUUCCGGACUCGAUCCCUGAUUUAGAUAUUCAUUCCUUGGUUUUGACGGGGGACGUGAUCAUGAACUUUGUUGGGAGGAAGGUCAAAGGAUUGGACCCAAUGGUGGACGUUGGAACCAAGGUCGAGUUUGCUUGUCCUUCUGGCACAGUGUUUGCUCAUAAUUGGUACACAAGGCCUUCGUUCAAAAUGACUUGCCUGAAUACAGGAACGUUUGACGCUCCAGAGAUUUUUCCAACUUGUGUCGAACCAUUUGCCACUACCAGUCGAGCGUUGAACGUGUCAGAAUUGUUAACAGGAAAAUGUAAGUUUUGAAAUGCGUGUUUAUGAAUUACGUUUUUUUUUUUCAAGCAUCAUGGAAAAUAAUCUUCAAAGCCUAUUGUUUCAAAAGCAACUCUUGGUGUAUUGUACUGUGUAUUUUUUUCUGAAGACAAAAGUCUGCUUAAAUAAACCCUUCAAUCCAUCAAGUGUGAGAGGAGCAGUCAGCAGCUCUCUUUGAAAUACAUGAACCACCAACUCGUUUUCUGUUGUCGCUCUUUCAACCGUGUUGUUAUUUUCUUGGGGUGGAAUAUGCAGAAAAUGCCAAAAAUAAAGAUGACGCUCCCAAAUGUUCAUCCCAACGUUUUGAAAUGCCAGUCUGGUCUGAUUGUCGCCAACAAACUUAUUGAAUUUGGUGGUAGGAAUAAAUCGACAGGCUAGAAACCAUGAAUCGGGUUCACUUCGAGAAACCUAGUGUAUGGAUCAAUAUGGUGACAUUGAAUUGAAGGUUGUUCAAGUCUUGUGCCAAAGCCAUUUGAGAAUGGAUGGAAGAGCAUUUCGGGGUAGUGGAUAUUGCACCAAUUGAAAACGGUCACUUUUCUGGUAUUUCCAUCAAUUCCCUCGCCGUUUUUGGUCUAAUCCCGAAUGCCUCAGCUGCCAAGGGAUGGAAGGCUGGGUGGUCUUGACUUCGUCAUAUCUUCCGAUGCUUCGUAAAGCCAAGUAGUCCAAGAGGGAUGGAUCGCUUUUGGCUCGGAGAGUUUUGGAUGACCCUCACGGAGAUCCUCCCCUUCAAUUGAGCCGUCUUCGCGGGAUGAAGACCGGACUCGCGAACAACAAAAAUGAGCUUGCUUCUCUUUGACGGCCUUCUCGUGUUGGUUACCGUGCUCCUCCGUACUCUUGAGCGUUUAGCUGACGUUCCUGAGUAAAAAAAAGGCCAGUCAGAAUAUGGUCUUCAACUGAAGGGGGACCAUUCAGCCUCCUAGUUCCUAUUUGUUCCAUUCAUGAUUGUGAAAUUGUCAGUGCGACCCAGUGAAGCUCUCUUUCAUGGGAAGGCGCUGUCGUUGGUCGUUGGUCGUUGGUGGGCUUUGAAGCCGGCGAGUACUACAUGGAUUCGACAUGAUGAACUUGAAUUGGCCUUUUCUCAAAAGAGACAAUUUGGGCUCCAUCAAGAGUGAUUCAUGGCGGUCUCCAGAGACAAUUCUUGUAUGGAACUCCUCGGCAUUGAAUGGGGCAACUUCGUGAUUGGAUCUGGAAUGGUUUUUUUUUCUCUCUUUCUCCGUCUUUUGGGGCGGUUUGGAUCGAUAGUGGAAGAAACUGAUUGCAAGAUCUCCCGUGAAGCCAACAAAGACAGAGGAAAGUAAAA